CGUUUCUUGGUUUUCCUUAUUUCCAGUUUGUUUACAAAUGACAGGAUGGCAGAAGUGUCCAGGCCACCACCCCCUAAAAGACCUACGAUUAUACGUGCCCAGAACACGCACGAUUCUGAAAAAGACGAUGACAGUGAUAUGGUACCAAGAAGACCUGUUCCACCUACUGGGGAAGGAAGGCCGCCACCUAAACCACCUAACAGACCACCAUCAUUUAGAAAAGAUUCACAUGAAAAGAAAGAAGAAACAGAGAAAGUGCAAUUAAGACAUUCUGGAAACAAAUCUUCUAGACCUGUUUCAGUUGGUAGUAAAGCUGAUGGGGCUCCAAAAAGGAAGUUAGAGAUAACUAUAGUCUCAGCAAGACCAAUGAGUGAAGUAGGUUUCAGAGAUACGUCUUGUAGCAACACACCCUCAUCAAAACUUGAAACCAAGAAAGAAUCACCUAAACCAGCUCUGAAAUUGGUACCUCCUACGUCACUUGUUCCUGUUAGAGAUUCUCUUCCUCCAAGACCAUCAAAACCAGAAUCAUUUCCACACAACAGACCACCACCACCAGUGCCUACAAGAAAAGAUGUUCCUCCACAGCAAGACAAUAAAAAUCCAACCAUUCUCAGGGCACCUGCAUCACCCUCGCCUAAACCUCGACCACAGAAGUCAUCCCCUGAAUCUCCAUUGGCGAAACCUAGAUCAAAUGUUUCUGCCCCAGAAUCAUCACCGCCACUGAAACCUCGUAAAAUUCCGUCUGUUUCUUCUCGUCCAUUACCACCUACGCCGUCUCCUGAUAAUGGUAAGUCCGAUCUUGUUAUAGAAUCUCCAGCAAAACCUCAGCGAUCAUAUACUUGGUCAGGUGAAAAUGAGUCCGAAAAUGUCUCCCAGUCUUCAGUGUCUGACAAACCAAGGAGACCAACUAUAAUUCGUCCAGCAAAAAUGAACAAAAGUAUUGAGAAAUCACAAGACAACGAUUCUAGUAAAAAUGUGAUAUCUGUUAUGUCUUCCCAUCAAAAUGAUAGUUUUCCUUCUCUUCCAAUUAGAAGUUUUGAAAGACAGCCUGAAAAAGAAGAACAAAAAGAAGGUAAACAUAUUGAUCAUGUUAAUGUAAUAAGCAAAAACCAUAUUGAAACUGAAACACAUCAUGUUGCAGAAGAUGAAGAGAAAAAGAAACCACCAAUAGCUACGAAACCCAAACCAUCAGUUUUACCUAAACCUAAACUUAAACCACAAGCUAAUGUUCACACAGUCGAUGAUAACCAGACUGCAAGUAAAGACCAGACUGAACUAAAUGAUUUUAAAGAAUCAUUAGUUACAGAUAACACUGAAAUAAAGAAAACAAGAAAACCAACAAUAAUUAGAGCAAAUGUACCUAAACAGCCUCCUGAAGAAACUGUACUGAAAAAGGUCCAGGAAUCCUCCAAUAAAAAUUUAGAAAAAGAAAUCCCUGAAUAUGCUGUUAUAUUAAAGCCAGCAAAAGACAAAUCAGAAAUAAAACCUCAAAUAAGUUCAUCUGUUCCAUCAGAAAAACCGCCACCUCCUGUCCCAUCUAAAAGAUUUACACCACUGACUCCAAAAUCUAAAGAUGAUUUAGAAAUCCAAAGGAAUACAGAUACAGAAAAAGUUCAACAUAGACCUAAACCAAUGGCCAGAGCUAGACCUAUGACAAUGGUGAUUACAUCAUCUUCAAAAAUGGACCCAAUGAUCACAUCCAAGCCACCUCCUAAUAAACCAUCUCCUCCAAACUUGACAGGUCCUUCAAAGCCUCCUCCACCAGCAGUAAAACAACCAGCCAAACCACAAAGUAAUGCCAGCAAUAAUCAACAACAGGAGUCUCCAGAUGCUGAUACUGGAUCAACCAGGCAAGAGAAAGUUCCUCCGCCAAGACCUUCACCUGCCGCAAGACCGAAAUCCAUGUUACAAUCACGCAAUGUUCAUCCAGAUGAAGAAAACCUUGAGGAAUCAAAAGACAAACCAACAAGACCAAAAACUGGUCCACUUAGGCCAUCACAUGCACCAGUAAAGUCCCCUGAAACUGACAGUGGAAGCUCAACAGCAGAGGCAGACAAGAGAAUUCCAACUCCAAAAGAGGAGCCAGGACCAGAUCUACCAAGUAGACCAAGACCAGGUCAUCCUCUAUACCACUAUAUGUUAUGUGUACCACAUGGUCAGGCUAUACAUGAUUAUGAUGGAGCUAACCCAGAUGACUUGUCAUUUAAGGCCGAUGAUAUAGUUAUAUUACACAAAAGAAUAGAUGAAUCAUGGUUGUAUGGUCAGGUUGGUGAAGCUAGAGGAAUGUUUCCACAAAGUUUUAUACAUAUACUAAGACCUUUUGAUGGAGAGGUAACCCCACUACCAUCGCCUUUAACAAAUAAAACAUCAGACAGUGAUUCCUCUCCAGCUACAUCUGUUAAAGAGAAAUCAGACAUGAUCAAAACUGGUCCACGGUGUGUGGCAAGGUUUGACUUUGAUGGAGAAGGAGCAGAAGAUCUUUGUUUCGAGGAAGGAGAUUACAUACAACUGAUAGAGAGGGUAGAUAGUGAAUGGGUCAGAGGAGAUCUUGGUGGAAAAGUUGGCAUAUUUCCUUUGACAUUUGUGGAAGUGAUUGAAGAUUUGCCAGAUCUUGCCAGUGACGGGAUGAAUGAAAUGGUACAGUCUGAAGAACUAAUGUAUGUGAAGGAAACUGAAGGCACUGAUAUAAGACAACAUGAAGACAAUUUGAAUAAGUUGCAGUUAGAAGAGAAAUGUUUGAUGUGUCAAGCCAUUGCAGAUUUUCCUGGUGAAAGUCCAGAAGAUUUGAGUUUUAAUGAAGGAGAGAUUAUAGAGGUUAUAACAGAAAUAGAUGAGAAUUGGAUGAAAGGAAGACUGAAAAAUAGAGAAGGCAUAUUUCCUGCAAGCUUUGUUAUAAGAAUAGAUAAUCCUAGUCCAGAAAUUACAGGUUCACCAUUGAAACAUGAUGAAGAUGAGAGAGUUGAAGAAGAAAAGAUCGGAGAAGCAAUAUAUGAUUUUGAUGGAGAAAAUGACAAGGAACUAUCUUUUAAGACUGGAGAUCAGAUUAGACUAGGGACCAGAGUAGAUGGAGCUGAAGACUGGCAGUGGGGAGAAUUAAAUGGACAGACUGGGGUUUUUCCUGCAGCUUUUAUACAAAUUCUCAGCUGAUAGUAGUUUCUUUGUAGCCUUAAAAUUACCGCUAUGUUUGAGGGAACAAAACUAGUUGCCAUUAUUAAAUCAAAAGACCAGAAAUAUGUUCACUAUGGGACCAGUGAUAUAGUGAAAAUUUAGUUUGACCAAACUGUCUGUGAUACAAUAAAUCCAUACAUAAUAAUUGUUGUAUAAUAAUUAACAUUGAACCUUAAAAAGGUUAAGAGGAAUAUUUUUUCUGGAAGUUAGAAUUAUAUGGUGAUUGACCUUUUUAUUUUCAAUUCUUCAAUGCAAAAGAAAAAUCUGAAAAUAUUUUUGUUUCAUUGGUUUUCAUAGUUCUGUUGACGCUAAAUGUAAGCUUACUUAAAAGAUAUGACAGAGGAAUGCUUAAAGUUAGAAAUUAUUUUUCUCUACGCCACUUUGACUUAAAUAAUUUGUAAUAGAAAUCUUUAGAGAAAUAGGGUACACAAGUGUCAAGAUAGCUCAACUUUUUAUAAAUUUAUAUAAUUAUUUGGAGCCAUUGUUCUAAUAUUUUAUGAAUAACUAACUUAAUUUCGCUGAAAAAAAUACCAAUACAAGCCAUUGUAGAAUUUCAGUUAUGAAUGGAAACCGUAAACAAUAGUUAACCAUUGUGUGAAUUAACAGGUAUUGUGUAAUAGUGUAUAUCUAGUCGCCUAUAUAUUGGGAAAUAAUAGUUUUGUAAACAAGUAAUUGAAGAUAUGUGCCUUUAUCUUAGAAAGUUGUUCAUUUACAUGAUAAAAGAGAAGUUAUGAUAGGGGCUUUUUCAAAUGUCCCUAAUUUAUUCAAUGAUAUAGUAGCAGAGCCAUUUAAUAAUGCAUCAUAAUUUAACAGAAAGUGAAAUGAGAUCUCAAGGAUUUUUUUGAAAAACUUGUUUUUAGCACAUAGACUUGUAAUCCUAAAUACAAAGGAACACUUAAUUAACAAACAGAAUUAAUUACCUCAUUUCAAAUGAUUUUUUUUCUUCUCAAAAUGUAUUCUUAUAUAACAUUUUUUGUUUUUACUUCAAACAUGCUAAAAUCAAACUGGAAUAACUGGAAAAGUAUGUUAAGGUAUACAAAAGUGUAUAUUGAUAUUUACCUAAAAUAAAAUGAAAAAUCAACAGAGGAUCUGCUCUGUUUUGUAUGCCUUUAAAUGUUGUCAUAAUUUUAUUAUAGUAAAAUCAAACAAAAAUAUUCAUUGAAAUUGGCACAUGCUGAAUAAUAAUGUACAGUACAACCCAUACUCAAAAAUCAUAUUCUGAGAACAUUUUAUAUAGUACACCCCAGAAGUACAUUCUCUUUUAUAUUGUUUUGUGGUCACAACUUUUGUAUUAUUUUAUACUUUUUAUGUUCAAAGGGAUAAAAGUAACAAAAAAAAAAUUGAAUUUUUAUGUCUUCAAAAACAAUUGUGUAUUAAUUGUUUGAUUAUAUUUUGAAAUAGUUUGAAAAAAAUGUAUAUUAUCACAUAUGGUGCUAUUAAUUCAUGUUUGUAUUGUAUUGAAAGUUUGAACUAAUUGUAUACAUUAUAUUUUAGACGCACAACUAGUGACUAAGUGUGAUAAAUGUUGAAGCAGAUACACAAUAAAAAAAUGUGUAAUAAAUCCAUUAACUAUUGAAGACAAGAUUUUCUAGGACUAGAUAUCAUAUUUGUCUGAAUUUUUAUGUAAUAUUUAUUACUGGGUCUUCUGUCUCUUAUUUGAAGGGGCCUUGGUUGCUGAGUAGUUUAAGUAGUUCAACUUCUGUAAUACUAGCCUGUUAAUAUUGAGGUUGUGAGUUCAAAACUCCAUGCUAGGCGGGUGUGCUCAAUUCCAAUCUUUAUUGACAAGGAUUGUGAGUUUUCCUGUGGAAGGUUGGUGGUUAUUUCUGUGCACCCCAGCUUCAUCCAUCAAUAAAAACUGACCACAACAAAAUAGCCAAUAGUGCUGAAAGUGUUGUUAAACACCAAUCAAUCAAUCUGUCUCUUAUUUAGAAAUCCAUGGUUUUGGGAAAGCUUUGCUUAUCAUUUGAUGCAUCAUGUAAAGUGACAAAUCUCCACAAUGAAAUAACUUUUUAUUUACAUAUGGUUUUGGUUAAGCUUUGCCUUUAAAUUUAGAUUUAAAUCAAAUCAAAUUAAAAAAAAAAAGAUAACAGGUGAGGGGAUUAGCUGUCAAUCACAAUGGCCUAAAUCAAUAUUUCUUUUUGGCUUUUUUUUUGUUAUAAGACUAGAUUUUUCUUCCAGAAAAGACAUGUAAAAAUUUUCUGGAAAAAUAAGAUGGAACCAAUAUUUCAGGAUGAUAGUUGUGGCAAAAAUAGAACCUGCUUCAAUUUUGAAUGUCCUAUGCCACAAAAGAGUAAGGUCCCCAAGUCUCAGUAUUCACUAAAAGGAGGUAUAACAUAGAAGCAGUUAUGAUACAAGAUGAUUAUCAUGUUUAAAGUGAAUCAAAUACUUUUUUGUGAGUCAGUAUUCAGCCUUACCGAUCCUACAUAUUUUUUUAGUUACUAUUGAUUGUUAUUGAAAAUAUUUUAAAAACUUAGCAUAUAAGCUAUAAAAUUUGACAUUUUCAUGUCAUUUGAGAAAAGACAUGUGUAUGAAUGUCAGCUUGUAUUACUGCUUCAUUGAAUUUUGUUAUUUAUAAAGAGGGACUGGUUUUAGUUGUUUUACUUUGUUAUUUGCUAUUUUGAAAACAUUUUGUAGCAUUUUUCAAAGGUAUUUUUUUGUGGUGUUUGCAAAUUAAUUUUGCUAAUUUUUAGAACCAUGGACAAGGGCUAUCCUUUGGAUAGCUACUGGCACUAACUUUAAUCACUGCCUAGACCUUAUUCAGCCUUUGAACAACAUUUGUUUAGUGUUUAGCAAUUUGUUUGUUUUUUUGUUUUUUUGUUUUUCUUUAUUUUAAUUAUAUAUAUAUAGAAUCAUAGUAAAAAUAUUGAAGGCAUAGAAAAUAAUGAAGUUUGCUAUAUUUCAUAAUGUAUGGAAUUGUAGUACAUGUACAUGUAUUUCUUCAAUUAAUUUGUAUGACCCCAUAUGAUAUCUUCACCCUAAUUUAUGUAAUCAUCUGUGAUAGUUAUUUGCAUGUUGCCAUAGAAUCAUGAGGUGCAUAAUAAAGCUGAAAUUUAUAGAAAA